GAGAGAGUCAUUCGUUUGGGAUUGUGGGAGAGAGAGAAUUAAAUAAGAGACGCGGAGAAGAAGAAGAAAAGGGAGGAAGAAGAAGCGAAGCAGAGGACACCUCAUCAGGCGUGUAGUCUGAAAGCUCUUCCCCCCUCCCCUCCGCGAUGUUACAAAGGCUGUGAGCAGCUCGCCUUUUCCCAUUCGCCUGCUGUUACUUCCUUCCUGGACGCUUUCAGGACGAGUCCGGUUACUUUUAAUCCGACCAGCAACAACUCAGCCACUUUCUCCUCCUCCACGCUGCACACACGCACACACACACACACCCCAGACGUCUUCUGGCUGCUUAUUGGAUUGACUUUGACGGUUGUGUGUGUGAUUCAAGGAGGCUGCAUGUUGAACCAGGUGGUGAAUAUUUAAGGCUGGAAGAAGUAAAGGGAUUUUUUCUUUUUCCUAUGAAAGGAAAAUAUUUCAAGGACUAGUCUGAUCAUCCAAACAGCUAAAUGUUUAUAAUCAGGAACAGAUGCAGGGGACAGUGAACUGAGUAGUGCAAGUGCUGAAGAAGGAGGUUUGUUUUGAGGAAACGGGAAAGAGGAAGAAAAGAGAAGGGGAAAAUACAUUAUUGUAAGGAAGAAGGAGAGAAAAAAAACGGGGACUAUGGGGAGAAAAAAGAUUCAGAUUACAAGGAUUAUGGAUGAACGUAACAGACAGGUGACAUUUACUAAGAGGAAAUUUGGGUUAAUGAAGAAGGCUUACGAGCUGAGUGUUCUGUGUGACUGUGAGAUUGCUCUGAUCAUCUUCAACAGCACCAACAAACUCUUCCAAUAUGCCAGCACUGACAUGGACAAAGUGUUGCUGAAAUAUACUGAGUAUAAUGAGCCUCAUGAGAGUCGAACAAAUUCGGAUAUUGUUGAGACCUUGAGAAAGAAAGGACUUAAUGGCUGUGACAGCCCAGACCCUGAUGCAGACGAUUCAGUAGGUCACAGCCCUGAGUCUGAGGACAAAUACAGAAAAAUUAAUGAAGAUAUUGAUCUAAUGAUCAGCAGACAGAGAUUAUGUGCAUUGAACAAGAAAGAAAACAAAGGUUGUGAAAGCCCCGAUCCUGACUCCUCUUACGCUCUCACCCCACGCACUGAAGAAAAAUACAAAAAAAUUAAUGAAGAAUUUGAUAAUAUGAUCAAGAGCCAUAAAAUACCUGCUGUUCCACCACCAAACUUUGAGAUGCCAGUUUCUAUCCCAGUGUCCAACCACAACAGUCUGGUAUACAGUAACCCAGUCAGCUCGCUGGGAAACCCCAACCUUUUGCCGCUGGCUCAUCCUUCUUUGCAAAGAAAUAGCAUGUCUCCAGGUGUGACACAUCGGCCUCCGAGUGCAGGUAACACAGGUGGCCUGAUGGGUGGGGACCUCACAACCGGUGCAGGCACCAGUACAGGGAAUGGAUAUGGCAACCCCCGCAACUCACCAGGUCUGCUGGUCUCACCUGGCAACUUGAACAAGAAUAUGCAAGCAAAGUCUCCGCCUCCAAUGAAUUUGGGAAUGAACAACCGUAAACCAGAUCUCCGUGUGCUUAUUCCACCUGGCAGCAAGAAUACAAUGCCAUCAGUGAAUCAGAGGAUAAAUAACUCCCAGUCUGCUCAGUCAUUGGCUACUCCAGUGGUUUCCGUAGCAACUCCUACUCUACCAGGGCAAGGGAUGGGAGGAUACCCAUCAGCCAUCUCAACAACAUAUGGUACUGAAUAUUCUCUGAGCAGUGCAGAUAUAUCAUCUCUCUCUGGGUUUAAUACAGCCAGUGCUCUUCAUCUUGGCUCUGUGACUGGCUGGCAACAGCAACACCUACAUAACAUGCCACCAUCUGCCCUCAGUCAAUUGGGAGCUUGCACUAGCACUCAUUUAUCUCAGAGUACAAAUCUCUCCCUGCCUUCUACUCAAAGCCUCAACAUCAAGUCAGAACCUGUUUCUCCUCCUAGAGACCGUACCACCACACCCUCGAGAUACCCACAGCACACGCGCCAUGAGGCGGGGAGAUCUCCCGUCGACAGUUUGAGCAGCUGUAGCAGUUCCUAUGAUGGAAGUGACCGAGAAGAUCACCGGAAUGAAUUCCACUCCCCCAUUGGACUCACCAGACCUUCGCCGGACGAAAGGGAAAGCCCCUCUGUCAAGCGCAUGCGGCUCUCUGAAGGAUGGGCAACAUGAUAACAUUAUUACCUAUUAGGUUGUUUUUUCUUUUCCUUGCAGUGUGUGUGUGCUAUACCUUAAUGGGGGAGGGGGGGUCGAUAUGCAUUAUAUGUGCCGUGUGUGGAAAAAAAAAAAAACAAACAAAAAAAACAAACAAAAAAAAGUCAGGUACUCUGUUUUGUAAAAGUAUUUUUAAAUUGCCUCAGUGAUACAGUAUAAGGAUAAACAGAAAUGCUGAGAUAAGCUUAGCACUUGAGUUGUACAACAGAACACUUGUACAAAAUAGUUUUAAGGCUAACUUCUUUUCACUGUUGUGCUCCCUUGCAAAAUGUAUGUUACAAUAGAUAGUGUCAUGUUGCAGGUUCAACGUUAUUUACAUGUAAAUAGACAAAAGGAAAACAUUUGCCAGAAAUGGCAGAUCUUUACUGAGAGAGAAAGCAGCUGUUAUGAGACAUAUAGAAAAGUGUACAGAUGUUUUGACAGACCCAGCAGUUGGGUGGCCAUGAAUUGAUGCUAGAAAAAGAGUGGGUCACCUGACAUACCGAAAACGUUCACAAACAUGCAGGCAUAUGGUUAGAGUAUGGCACUCAGUUAGAAAGGAUCAAAUGUUUAAAGAGGACCAUACUUCUAAAAAAGUUGAGUUCGAGGGCUAACAUAUUUAAUUUUAAAAAAUCUGGGUCUGCAUCACUUAUUAAAUAAAAAAUAUAAAAAAUAUGUACAUUACAUUUUGCUUAUUUUCAUAUUAAAAAGUAAGACAGUUUGCAAAGCAUUUGUGGCUUUUGUAGUUUCCUCAAGCCAAAAUGUGUUCUUUUUCCCGUGAUAGCUUCGCUGAUCUUUUAAACAGUCCUGAAGAAACAAACAAGAAGGACUUUUUGUAUAGAAAGCACUACCCUAAGCCAUCAAGAACUCCAUGCUUUGCUAACCAAGAUAACUGUUUUCUCUUUGCAGAAGUUUUGUUUUUGAAAUGUGUAUUUCUAAUUAUAUAAAAUAUUAAGAAUCUUUUAAAAAAAUCUGUGAAAUUAACAUGCUUGUGUAUAGCUUUCUAAUAUAUAUAAUAAUUAUGGUAAUAGCAAAAGUUUUUGUUAUCUUAAUAGUGGGGAAUUAUAUUUGUGCGGUUGCACAUUUAACUAUUUUCUUUCAGUUUUCUUUGGCUGGGUAUACAUUUUACAGAUCAAAGUCAGCUGUUGAAAGACUGAUCUGUAAAAAAUUGGAAUUUACCCAUGGUGUAACAACUUAAGUAAUUUUAAUACAGCAUUUUACAAUCAGUUGGGUGAACUGCGAUCCAUUGUAUAUACUGAUUAGUUCUUUCAUGCUGUUUUGUGCAUUGUAACAAGGGCCCUUCUAUUACUUAACGUCCUGCGUAUCUUGUAGUUUUCCAUGGGUUAAAUGACAAAGUGACGUAACUUGGCCAUUUCUCAUUAAUAAAGCUGGUAUUCUGUCUGGCAGAAUUGGGUGUACAGCUCUAACGGCUGUCAGUUGCAUGAGUGCAGAUAAAUAUUUGGCAGAAGCAGUAGAGAGAGUUAAAGGGAAUGAUUGCCAUGAACAUGGGUAUUGUAAGGAUUACUCCCCUCUCUCACAGAUUUAAAAAUCUUAGAGAGAUCA